CAUGCCCCAGCAACCUCAGCAAGUGUGGCAUCCAGUGCACAGUCCCCAGCAGCAACAGGAACUGGCCACCAUACCCCAGCAAGUGAGGUAUCCAGCUCAAAUGCCCCAGAAGUAUCUGGCCUCCAUGCCUCUACCACCGAAGCAACCGACCGCCAUAACCCAGCAAGUGUGGCAUCCAACUCAAAUGCCCCAGCAGCAGAAGCAACUGGCCUCCACACCUCUACCGCAGAAGCAACUGACCGAUGUGCCUCAGCAAGUGUGGUAUCCAGCUCAAAUACAGCAGAAGCAACCGGCUGCUGAACCGCAGCAGAACGAACCGGCCACCAUACCCCAGCAAGUGAGGUAUCCAGCUGAAUUUGCCCAGCAGCAGAAGCAACCGGCCUCCACACCUCUACCGCAGAAGCAACUGACCGACUUUCCUCAGCAAGUGUGGUAUCCAGCUCAAAUACAGCAGAAGCAACAGGCUGCUGAACCGCAGCAGAACGAACCGGCCACCAUACCCCAGCAAGUGAGGUAUCCAGCUCAAAUGCCCCAGCAGCGGAAGCAACACACUGCCAUGCCACAGCACCAACUGACCACCAUGUCUCAGCAAUUAUGGCAUGUAGCUCAAAUGCCCCAGAAGCAACCAACCGCUGAACCUCAGUGGCAUCCAGCCAAAUUUCCCCAGGAGCAACCAGUCCCUAUGCGUCAACUGCAGAAGGAACUGACCGCCAUUCCACCACAACUGUGGCAAUCCGCUCAAAUUCCCCGGCAGCAUAAGCAACCGGCUGCCAAGCUUCAGCAAGUGUGGCAACUGGCCCCCAUUCCCCAGCAGCCUCAUGAUGUGUGGUAUCCAGCUAAAAUGGUCCAGAAGCAACAAGCAGCUUCAACUCGGAGGCAGAAGGAACUAACCACCAUGCCUCAAGAGUGGCAUCCAGCUGAGUUUCCCCAUCAGCAGAAGCAACCGACCGCCAUGCCCCAGCUACCUCAGCAAGUGUGGCAUCCAGUGCACAGUCCCCAGCAGCAACAGGAACUGGCCACCAUACCCCAGCAAGUGAGGUAUCCAGCUCAAAUGCCCCAGAAGUAUCUGCCCUCCAUGCCUCUACCACCGAAGCAACCGACCGCCAUAACCCAGCAAGAGUGGCAUCCAACUCAAAUGCCCCAGCAGCAGAAGCAACCGGCCUCCACACCUCUACCGCAGAAGCAACUGACCGAUGUGCCUCAGCAAGUGUGGUAUCCAGCUCAAAUACAGCAGAAGCAACCGGCUGCUGAACCGCAGCAGAACGAACCGGCCACCAUACCCCAGCAAGUGAGGUAUCCAGCUGAAUUUGCCCAGCAGCAGAAGCAACCGGCCUCAACACCUCUACCGCAGAAGCAACUGACCGACGUUCCUCAGCAAGUGUGGUAUCCAGCUCAAAUACAGCAGAAGCAACCGGCUGCUGAACCGCAGCAGAACGAACCGGCCACCAUACUCCAGCAAGUGAGGUAUCCAGCUCAAAUUCCCCAGCAGCGGAAGCAACACACUGCCAUGCCACAGCACCAACUGACCACCAUGCCUCAGCAAUUAUGGCAUGUAGCUCAAAUGCCCCAGAAGCAACCAACCGCUGAACUUCAGUGGCAUCCAGCCAAAUUUCCCCAGGAGCAACCAGUCCCUAUGCGUCAACUGCAGAAGGAACUGACCGCCAUUCCACCACAACUGUGGCAAUCCGCAAAAAUUCCCCGGCAGCAUAAGCAACCGGCUGCCAAGCUUCAGCAAGUGUGGCAACUGGCCCCCAUUCCCCAGCAGCCUCAUGACGUGUGGUAUCCAGCUAAAAUGGUCCAGAACCAACAAGCAGCUGGAACUCGGAGGCUGAAUGGACUGAACACCAUGCCUCAAGAGCUGCAUCCAGCUCAAUUUCCCCAGCAGCAGAGGCAACCAGCCCUAAUGCUUUUACCGCAGAAGGAACUGAACGCCAUACACCAGAAACCUCCGCAAGUGUGGUAUCCAGCUCAAAUGCCCCAGAACCAACAAACCAUUGAACCCCAGCAGCAGAAGCAACCGACCACCUUGGCUCAGCAAGUGUGGUCUCCAACUCAAAUUCCCCAGCUGCAGAAGCAACUGGCCACUGAACCUCAGCAGCAAAUUGAACCGACCACCAUGCCGCAGUUACCUGAGCAAGUGUGGCAUCCAAUGCACAAUCCCCAGCAGCAACAGGAACUGGCAACCAUAACCCAGCAAUUGAGGUAUCCAGUUCAAAUGCCCCAGAAGCAACUGACCACCAUGCCCCAGCAAGAGUGGCAUCCAGCUCAAAUGCCCGAGCAGCAGAAACAACUGGCCACCAUGCUGCAGAAGCAACCAGCCCCAAUGCCUCAACCGCAGAAGCAACAGGCCACCAUGCCCCCGCAAGUAUGGCAUCCAGCUCAAAUGCCCCAGCAGCAGAAGCAACCGGCCUCCACACCUCUACCGCAGAAGCAACUGACCGAUGUGCCUCAGCAAGUGUGGUAUCCAGCUCAAAUACAGCAGAAGCAACCGGCUGCUGAACCGCAGCAGAACGAACCGGCCACCAUACCCCAGCAAGUGAGGUAUCCAGCUGAAUUUGCCCAGCAGCAGAAGCAACCGGCCUCAACACCUCUACCGCAGAAGCAACUGACCGACGUUCCUCAGCAAGUGUGGUAUCCAGCUCAAAUACAGCAGAAGCAACCGGCUGCUGAACCGCAGCAGAACGAACCGGCCACCAUACCCCAGCAAGUGAGGUAUCCAGCUCAAAUGCCCCAGCAGCGGAAGCAACACACUGCCAUGCCACAGCACCAACUGACCACCAUGUCUCAGCAAUUAUGGCAUGUAGCUCAAAUGCCCCAGAAGCAACCAACCGCUGAACCUCAGUGGCAUCCAGCCAAAUUUCCCCAGGAGCAACCAGUCCCUAUGCGUCAACUGCAGAAGGAACUGACCGCCAUUCCACCACAACUGUGGCAAUCCGCUCAAAUUCCCCGGCAGCAUAAGCAACCGGCUGCCAAGCUUCAGCAAGUGUGGCAACUGGCCCCCAUUCCCCAGCAGCCUCAUGAUGUGUGGUAUCCAGCUAAAAUGGUCCAGAAGCAACAAGCAGCUUCAACUCGGAGGCAGAAGGAACUAACCACCAUGCCUCAAGAGUGGCAUCCAGCUGAGUUUCCCCAUCAGCAGAAGCAACCGACCGCCAUGCCCCAGCUACCUCAGCAAGUGUGGCAUCCAGUGCACAGUCCCCAGCAGCAACAGGAACUGGCCACCAUACCCCAGCAAGUGAGGUAUCCAGCUCAAAUGCCCCAGAAGUAUCUGCCCUCCAUGCCUCUACCACCGAAGCAACCGACCGCCAUAACCCAGCAAGAGUGGCAUCCAACUCAAAUGCCCCAGCAGCAGAAGCAACCGGCCUCCACACCUCUACCGCAGAAGCAACUGACCGAUGUGCCUCAGCAAGUGUGGUAUCCAGCUCAAAUACAGCAGAAGCAACCGGCUGCUGAACCGCAGCAGAACGAACCGGCCACCAUACCCCAGCAAGUGAGGUAUCCAGCUGAAUUUGCCCAGCAGCAGAAGCAACCGGCCUCAACACCUCUACCGCAGAAGCAACUGACCGACGUUCCUCAGCAAGUGUGGUAUCCAGCUCAAAUACAGCAGAAGCAACCGGCUGCUGAACCGCAGCAGAACGAACCGGCCACCAUACUCCAGCAAGUGAGGUAUCCAGCUCAAAUUCCCCAGCAGCGGAAGCAACACACUGCCAUGCCACAGCACCAACUGGCCACCAUGCUGCAGAAGCAACCAGCCCCAAUGCCUCAACCGCAGAAGCAACAGGCCACCAUGCCCCCGCAAGUAUGGCAUCCAGCUCAAAUGCCUCAGCAGCAAAAGCAACCAACUACUGAACCUCAGCAGCAAAUUGAACCAACCGCCAUGCCCCAGCCACCUCAGCAAUUGUGGCAUCCAGAUCAAUUUCUCCAGGAGCAGAAGCAACCAAUCACUAUGCAUCUACCGCAGAAGGAACUGACCGCCAAUCCACCACAACUGUGGCAAUCCGCUCAAAUGCCCCAGCAACAUAAGCAACCGGCUGCCAUGCUUCAGCAAGUGUGGCAUCGGGCACAGAAGCAACCGGCCCCUAUGCCGCAGCAGCCUCACGACGUGUGGUAUCCAGCUAAAAUGGUACAGAAGCAACAAGUCGCUGCACUGACAGCCAUGCCGCAGACACAUCAGAAAGUGUGGCAUCCAGAUCAAUUUCUCCAGGAGCAGAAGCAACCAAUCACUAUGCAUCUACCGCAGAAGGAACUGACCGCCAAUCCACCACAACUGUGGCAAUCCGCUCAAAUGCCCCAGCAGCAGAAGCAACCGGCUUCCACGCCUCUACCGCAGGCGCAACCAGCCGCCAUACCCCAGCAAGUGUGCUAUCCAGCUCAAAUACCGCAGAAGCAAACUGCUGCUGAACCGCAGCAGAACGAACCGGCCACCAAACCCCAGCAAGUGUGGCAUCCUGCUCAAAUGCCGCAGAAGCAAGUGACUGCCUUGCCUCGGCACCAGAAGCAACCAGUUGCAUGCCACAGAAGCCUCAGCAAGUGUGGCAUCCAGCUCCGACGCAGAAGCAGCUGGACGCUGAUCCUAAGCAGCCUCCGCUAGUGUGGUAUCCAGCUCCAAUGCCCCAGCAGCAGAAGCAACUGACUGCCAUACCUCAAAGUCUGCCAUCCAUCCCAAAUGCGCCAGAAGCAACUGGCCCCAUGUCUCAGCAGAAGCACUAAAGAUGGUGGUUCUGGUAGCUCUCAGGCCAGCAUCGUUGAACAUUCAGUUCUCAUCCCAAUCCGUUCCUACAAUUCCAAAUCGCUUUACAAGAAUGGCGAAACUGUCUUCUCCCAAACCCGCUACACUCCUGGGAACAUUGUCUGUUAAAAGUGGAAAAGCUCCCAAUGACAGUGUUGGCAUAUUUGAACCAAGCACAUACUCACCACUCGUAAAUGUUCCUACAAGUUAACGUACAACUUUAAUCUAAUCUUCACUUUGCUUUCUGAAUUUGAAGUCCUUCAACUAACCAUGUUUCAGCCAACAGGAAAAUCUAAUAGUGGACUCAUCCUUUAGAAGCUGAUGGUGAGACUUUAAUGUCAAAUUGAUUUUGUUGCUGACACUUUAAUUUCUUUCAGGUUUUAGUCAUGCUUUUGUUUUGACCAGGAAGUUGCCGGUGCUCUUGCUAUUCUUGCAUGAUUGAAUCAAUAAAAAUGUCAUUGAAAUACUGA